AGUGGACGAAACCGGUCGUGCUGACUGUAGCAGAUACAUGCAAAGUAAACGAAAACUCGAAUAAAUCAUGGCCUCAGACAGUGCUUUUAAAGUGUCCUCUCUAAAGGGGAAAGUGGCCCUGAUAACGGGGGCCAGCUCGGGCAUCGGGGCAGGCACCAGCGUCCUGUUCGCCAAACUCGGAGCUCUGUUGGCUCUGAACGGCCGCGACGUGGAAAACCUGAAAAAAAUCGCCAAACAGUGCACCGACUGUGGAGCUGCAGAGCCUCUGCUUGUUCCUGGAGACCUGACUGAUGAGGAGACGGUGAAGCAGACAGUGGAGCAGACUAUCACUCACUUCGGCCGGCUGGACGUCCUCAUUAACAGCGCUGGGAUCCUGGCCAUGGGCAGCAUAGAGACCACAGGCCUGGAGCAGUAUGACAGGAUCAUGAACAUCAACGUCAGAUCUGUAUACCACCUGACUCAGCUUUGUGUUCCUCACCUGAUCAAGACCAAAGGCUCCAUCGUCAACGUGUCCAGUGUGAAUGGACAGAGAGCGUUCCCUGGAGUGCUGGCCUACUGCAUGUCUAAGUCUGCCAUCGAUCAGUUCACAUGCUGUACGGCGCUCGAGCUGGCAGCGAAGCAGGUCAGGGUGAACUCUGUCUGCCCUGGUGUGAUCAUCACAGAUGUCCACAAGAGAGCAGGACUAGAUGAGGACCAGUAUGCUCAGUUCCUUGAUAAGUGUAAGCAGACCCACGCCCUCGGCCGACCAGGACAGGUGGAGGAAGUGGCCCACAGCAUCGCCUUCCUGGCGUCUGACGCUGCCAGCUUCAUCACUGGAGUCAACCUGCCCAUCGACGGGGGCCGCCACGCCAUGUGUCCCAGAUAAAGAUCAUGGAUGUUAACAUGCACCAGCCUGCUAAUAUAAAGCUUUCAAUCUUUAAGUCUGCUUGUGUUUCUGUAUCAAGAAUCCUCCUAUUUCCACUAAAACUGGCUGGGAGCUGAUAAACAAACAAGGCUUUACUUCAAGGAGAGUUUUUCUUCAUGUUUACAGCGGUUGUACAGCUCUGGGUGUGAAACCAAUAGAAGGAAGCCCCUUAUUUUCUCACGUUACUAUGAAGUUUUCUUUGAUGAAAAGGAACCGAAAGCUGCUUAUCAACAAAGGUUUCA